GCCCGGGCCGCCUCCGCCGCAUUGUCCCGGGCUGCGAGCCCAGGCCCUGAGCUGCCGCAGCGCCCGCCCACCGCCACCCGCGGGGCCAUGCGGAGAGCCGCGGGGAUGGAGGAGUACUCCGCAGAGGAGGAGGAGUCCUGGUACGACCAUCAGGACCUGGAGCAGGACUUGCACCUAGCAGCGGAGCUCGGGAAGACUCUGCUGGAGAGAAACAAGGAGCUGGAGGAGUCCCUGCAGCAGAUGUACUCUACCAAUGAGGAGCAGGUGCAGGAGAUCGAGUACCUGACCAAGCAGCUGGACACGCUGAGGCUAGUGAAUGAGCAGCAUGCCAAAGUGUACGAGCAGCUGGACCUGACUGCCAGAGACCUGGAGCUGACCAACCAGAGGCUGGUGUUGGAGAGUAAGGCUGCCCAGCAGAAGAUCCAUGGGCUGACGGAGACCAUCGAGCGCCUGCAGUCCCAGGUCGAGGAGCUCCAGGCCCAGGUGGAGCAACUUCGAGGCCUGGAGCAAGUCCGGGUUCGCCGGGAAAAGCGGGGACGCAGGAGAACCAUCCAUACCUUCCCCUGCCUGAAGGAGCUGUGCACAAGUCCCCGCAGAUGUGAGGAUGCCUUCCGCCUACACAGUUCCUCGCUGGAGCUGGGUCCUCGGCCGCUGGAGCAGGAAAACGAACGACUGCAGACCUUGGUUGGGGUGCUCCGUUCCCAGGUGAGCCAGGAGCGACAGCGCAAGGAGCGGGCAGAACGUGAGUACACCGUGGUGCUGCAGGAGUACACGGAGCUGGAGCGACAGCUGUGCGAGAUGGAGGGCUGCCGCCUGCGCGUGCAGGAGCUGGAGGCCGAGCUGCUGGAGCUGCAGCAGAUGAAGCAGGCCAAGACCUACCUGCUGGCCCGGGAUGAGCACCUGGCCGAGGCUUUGCUGGCGCCCCUCACUCAGGCCCCUGAGGCUGAUGACCCCCAACCAGGAAGCGGAGAUGACCCCAAUGCCCAGGAUGGUGUGUCCUCGCCUGCAGCUUCCCCCAGCCACGCGGUGCGCAAGAGCUGCAGCGACACGGCACUCAAUGCCAUAGUGGCCAAAGACCCAGCCAGCCGGCACGCUGGCAACCUCACUUUGCAUGCCAACAGUGUGCGCAGGCGCGGUAUGUCUAUCCUGAGGGAGGUGGACGAGCAGUACCACGCCCUGCUGGAAAAAUACGAGGAGCUUCUGAGCAAGUGCCGGCAGCAUGGUGCCGGGGUGCGGCACGCGGGGGUGCAGACCUCACGGCCCAUCUCCCGGGACAGCUCAUGGAGGGACCUACUGGGGGGCGAGGAGAGCCAGGGGGAGGGCAAGGCGGGUGAAAAGAGCCUAAGCCAGCACGUGGAAGCUGUGGAUAAGCGGCUGGAGCAGAGCCAGCCUGAGUACAAGGCGCUCUUCAAAGAGAUCUUUGCCAGGAUCCAGAAGACCAAGGCCGACAUCAACGCCACCAAAGUCAAGACGCACAGCAGCAAGUGACCCCUCUCUAGGCCUGUAGCUUCCCUCUGCCUCCCCUCCAGAGGGGGUCUGUCAGGCCUGGAUGGCAGCCUCUUGGCAAGUGAGAGAGCCCUUUACGCAGCAAUAUACCAUAGCUGGUGGCUGGAGCAUGGGCAAGGAAAGCCUUUCUGAUCUGAGGGACACAGCAUAUUUCCUGCUGGUGGCCCAGCUCACUUGUUCUGCCUCCCUUGGCCAUUUUGCUUCAGCUUGAAGGCACAGCUCAGUUUAAAAGCCAAACACACUCCCCACCCGCCACUGCCACCCCACCAC